GUUGGCAGUUGGCAGCUGUGCACAUCUUGCUUGCAUGCUGUAUGGAACGAUGGUCUUGCGUGGCCAAGCCACAGCCUGGACCAGCCGGGUCGGAGGUCGAAGGAGAGCAAAACGGGCGCGGGGAGCGGAAGCUUCGUCAACAUAUCUCAACUGUAAAAGCAUUGUUUGGAGAGGUCAGGGUUUACCGUACUCGCCUCCUGUUGAUGCAAAAUUCGAUGCAUCUAUGUAGAGUGAGUUACGAUAAUGGUAUGUAUAUAUAUAUAUACACUAUAGGCAAUUGACUGUGUGCGGGCAAUUGCCGGCACCAGCUCCUGCUGACUAGGGCAAGUGCUACUUAUUUUGCCAUAUUAUUGUUUUGGUAGCUUACCAACAGAAAAUACACCAAACUCAGCUCAAAGCACUUUGUCGGGGGUCUUCAGAUGUCACUGGGCCGAGAUUUAGGGCAUCAGUACCGGUCACCAGCCUUCAAAAAGGAGUGACUUGAUAUGACUUGAUGAUAGAUUUGGAUGGAGACACCCGGACUUGAUGGGUCUUGGCGUUUUCAAUCUUCCUCGGACUGGUGCGCAGCUUUUGGUGGUCUCUCCUUCGCAUGCUGUUUGGAUCAGAGGGGCUCGUCUCGCACCUCGCGCCGAGGCGUGGGCUCAGAGGUCGAACGCCAUGUCAGCGACCUUGCGAGACUAUAGUGUGGCCCCAUCAACGCCCACCUCUGAUGAUGAGGAGCCGAAAGCCAGCUUUUUCAAGGUGCCCAUGUCCAAGACCUCGGCCCUGUCGGUGGUGGACGCCUUCGUGAAGAAGUCCAACUGGUUUCGCUCCAAGAAGCAGAAACAUUUGUUGGAGCAAAUGGCCCAGCCACAGCCUUUGACUGGGAACAUUUACAGAUACACAGCCGCACUGGUCAAUAUCGCCACGGCUGACGAGGAGUCCAACUCAGGAGCGCCCUGUUGCUGUUCGUCUCGGUGGUUGAAUUUGACUCCAGGGAGUUUGCUCACCGUAAUGGCGAUCCAGUUGCUAGCGCCGGUCUCCAUUUGCUACUCGCACGUGAAAAGGCUAGACUGGUCCAAUGUCCAUGUGGGCUUGGGUCACGAGUCCGGCACGGAAUUCUGGCUCGGCCGUUGUUUAGCUGCGUUGUUCCUCUUCGGCUUCGCCGGCUUCCUGCGCGUGCACCUCGGCGAGGAGAUCCAUGCCGAUCGGAAGAUGCGUUUGCUGAUCAUGAAGGACGUGCGCCUGGGCGAACUCAUGGGCCGAGGUCACUGGUGGAUGACCGUCGGUCGCAUCAUGAACUUCAGCGUGAGCUUUUGGUGCCUCAUUGCCAUGUGGCUGGUUUUCCAUGUGUCCAGCGAGCCCAAAGAUGUGGUCUACGAUUCCAUGGGUUUGGCCUUCAUCAUCAAGCUGGACAAUGUGGCUGGUGACAUGGGCGUGAUCGGCCCGGCGCAGUGGCAUGAAGACUUGAUGGGGAUCUAUUGGGCCUUGGUCUUGGGCUCGGGAGCCGCGGAGAAGCACGCGACAGAGGAGAGGACUGAGAGCCACAAGGUGAGCGCGCAGAUACGCAAUCUACUUCUCCACAAAGCCGUGAAGAUUUACAAUGAGAUGGCCAGACAUGACACAAGGCACCACGAGAAAGGGGGAGACACGCCGCAUGGCGAGCGCAAGUUGGCCAAGCUCCCUGAUAGCAGCUGGGAUGAGAUGAGUUGGUAUAUGCCAAAUGUGGAGAGAGGAGAGGUCAGCUACGAUGAAGUUUUCCAUCAUCCUGCCGUCCGGGAGUAUGUGCAAAGUGAAGAUUUCGUGAACUACAUCUAUGCAAAGCUUGGAAAGGAGUAUGCAAUUGGAGAUCAAAUCGGGCUGGCUUUCAUCAGGGCCUUCCAAUUUUUUGGCCCUUUGACGUUUUUUCUGAUUCAAAUCCAUCGGAAGAGUUAAAUCGUCUAGAUAUGUCUAUAUGCAUCCUCAUGCCCCGGACUGGGAGAAGGAUUGCAAUGUCUCCUUGUCCCAGGUGAAAACCGUGCUGGCAAGGUGCCAAUGAAUGCAUUCCACGGCCUUCAAAUCAUGUUUAACCCCUGAAUCGAAUGAACAGGCUUGGCCAG